AUGAGGCCUGAAUCUCGUGCUUCGGGCGGAAUCAAGUUUGAAUUAAUUGCUAGCAGCCAAGCGCCAUAUUCUAAAGCAAGACGUCUUCCGCCACUUCCACUACAAAGGCGUGAAAAACAAAGAAAUCGAAAGAGAAGCAGUUUAACCCACGAACAAAUUCUUGAAAAAUUAAAGAGAGCAGAACAACGGAGAAAGCAACAAGAAGAGGAAAGGCUGAGCAAAAUAACUUCAAAAGAAAGAAUUGAUGAAGUGUUAAAUGUAGGAGUUCAACUGACAAAAGAGAAGAGAGAAAAACAUAAUGAAAAAAUGGAUGCCACUAUCAAGAGCAGGGAAAAACACCUUCAGGAUCUACAAAGUAAACUUCGAGCACAGGAAGAAAGAGCUGAAAGAGUUCGUGAGAGGAAAAAAUCUUUAAACAGAGUUGCAACCAUCCCGGAAGAUCAAGAAGUGGUGGAUCGAUUUCACUGGUGUUUCGGUGAAGAAGAGAAAGCGUGUUGA